GGCACACCGGCUGGCGGGCAGUCCGUCACCACAGGAAUACCCGGGGAGUACUAACGGGACCGAGAGACUAACCAGGGAAGGGGGCAGGCAGGAGAAUCCGGAGGCGCGAUCUCCCCAAAACCCGAGCCAUGAGUCGCAGCAUCGUGCGGCAGAGUAAGUUCCGCCACGUGUUCGGCCAGGCGGUCAAGGCCGAGCAGGGCUACGAUGACAUCCGCGUUUCCAAGGUGACGUGGGACAGCUCCUUCUGCGCCGUCAACCCAAAGUUCCUGGCGGUGAUUGUUGAAUCCAGCGGUGGAGGGGCAUUCCUGGUGCUGCCGCUCUCUAAGACAGGUCGAGUGGAUAAGAACCACCCACUGGUGAUCGGCCACUCUGGACCCGUCCUCGAUAUCGACUGGUGCCCUCACAACGACAACAUCAUAGCCAGCUGCUCGGAGGACUGCACCGCUAUGGUGUGGCAGAUCCCUGAUCAUGCACUGAGCCGUCCUCUCUCAGAGCCCAUCGUGGUUUUGGAGGGACACUCCAAACGUGUCGGGAUCGUCAGCUGGCACCCAACCGCACGCAAUAUACUACUCACUGCAGGCAGUGAUAACCUGAUAAUUAUCUGGAACGUGGGGACAGGAGAGCCCCUCAUCACAAUGGAUGACCACCCAGACCUCAUCUACAACGUCAGCUGGAACCGAAAUGGGAGCCUGUUUUGUACCACCAGUAAGGACCGACGCCUGCGUGUCUGCGACCCCCGCAAGAGGGAGGUGGUUGCGGAACGUCUGUCUCCACAUGAAGGGAUCCGGCCAAUGAGAGCCAUCUUCACCAGAGAUGGAAACAUUUUCACCACAGGUUUCACCAGAAUGAGCCAGAGAGAGCUGGGGCUCUGGGACCCGACAAAUUUCGAGGAACCUAUUGCACUGUUGGAGUUGGACACAAGCAAUGGAGUGUUGUUUCCAUAUUAUGAUGCAGAUGCAAACAUGGUCUACCUCUGUGGAAAGGGGGACAGCAGUAUCCGUUACUUUGAGAUCACGGAGGAGCCACCAUAUGUCCACUACCUCAGCACGUUCAGCAGUAAGGAGCCGCAGAGAGGUAUGGGCUUCAUGCCCAAGAGAGGUGUGGACGUCACCAAGUGUGAGAUUGCCAGGUUAUACAAGCUCCAUGACAAGAAGUGUGAACCCAUCACAAUGACAGUGCCCAGAAAAUCGGACCUUUUCCAGGAUGACCUGUACCCAGACACGGCAGGACCUGAGCCAGCCAUGGAGCCUGAAGAGUGGCUGGAUGGCCGCGACGACGACCCCAUUCUGGUGUCCAUGCGACAGGGCUACGUGCCGCCCAAGAGCCGCGAGCUCAAAGUGGCAAAGAAGAACGUCCUGGACUCCAGACCCACCACUCGACGCAGCAUGUCCACCUGUGACGCCAACAGCCUGCCACCUCAGUUGAUUGAGAGGUUGCUAGAGGAGAUUCAGAAUCUGAAGGCUACAGUUUUGUCUCAGGAGAAGAGAAUCUGUGACCUGGAGAAUAAGCUUUCCCAGUACACCAACGGCACUGCCUGAUGCAUGCAUGCACACACACACACACACACACACACACACACACCUGCUGAGGAACUGGUCUGAAUUUCAGAAUAGUAGUAUUAAUUCAGAAACACAUUGAACAUGGAACUACUCCCCUGUUGCCCCAUAUUCUGUAACAAUCCUGCCCCCUUUAAUGAUAUGUCAAACAAAACAAAACAAACAAACAAACAAAAAAAACACAAGAUAGUAAAUUAUCACAACUUUAGAGUGAAUUGAAAAGUAUGAGAAGAGUGCAAGAGGUACAGUGCGGGAAAAAGGGAACUGCAGAUUUGAGGGACAUGUGCAAGUUGGGUUGAAGGACUGAACAGGAGUAAAUAUUGUUCAUCACUUGUUUGCUUUGUGUUAAAUGGUUUAAUACGAAUGAUGUUCCAGGUGUUUUGGGAAAUUAUAUUUUAAAAAAAACCUCCCUUGUUACUAUAUAGCCAUAAACCCACAUUCACCACUACCAAACACAUACAUGAUAUUAACAGAUGUACAAACACACACAGACAGAGCAAUCAACAAACACACACCUCAACACAUCCACACACACACACACACACACACACACACACACACACACACACAUGCGUGCCCUGCCCUCUUUAUCAGACUUCUACUGACCAACUCGCUGAAAUAAGUUGCUCUGAUUCUCUGACAACCUUUCAAAAAUGUAAAUAGUGAUAUAGACAGAAGGAGAAAAAAAUUUUGAACUUAUAGCAAAAAUGUGAAAAAGCAAAAAACUUUUGUGUGUUCUGUAAAGGAUCAUAUAUGAGACACAUAAUGGCAUCAAUUAAAACAAUGUUUUUUAAGUUCUG